AUGGGCUCGGUGUCCAACCAGCAGUUUGCAGGUGGCUGCGCCAAGGCAGCGGAGAAGGCGCCAGAGGAGGCGCCGGCUGACGCGGCCCGAGCGGCAGACGAGCCGCAGCUGCUGCACGGGGCCGGCAUCUGUAAGUGGUUCAACGUGCGCAUGGGGUUCGGCUUCCUGUCUAUGACCGCCCGCGCCGGGGUCGCGCUCGACCCCCCGGUGGACGUCUUUGUGCACCAGAGUAAGCUGCACAUGGAAGGGUUCCGAAGCCUCAAGGAGGGCGAGGCGGUGGAGUUCACCUUUAAGAAGUCUGCCAAGGGUCUGGAAUCCAUCCGUGUCACUGGCCCUGGUGGUGUGUUCUGUAUUGGGAGUGAUCGGCGGCCAAAGGGGAAGAACAUGCAGAAGCGAAGAUCCAAAGGAGACAGGUGCUACAACUGCGGUGGGCUAGACCAUCAUGCCAAGGAAUGCAAGCUGCCACCCCAGCCCAAGAAGUGCCACUUUUGCCAAAGCAUCAACCAUAUGGUGGCCUCAUGUCCACUGAAGGCCCAGCAGGGCCCCAGUUCUCAGGGAAAGCCUGGGUUCCAUGAGGUAGCAGUAUCGGCUCACGUGACCUCGGCCUCCCAGGCGCUGUUUCCACGCCCCGCGAGAGUGGCCACCAAUAGCCAACUCUCAAGGACUCGCACCGUUCCGCCCCCGAGUCCGCAGGGCGGCUCCGCCCACCACGGACGGAGGAGGCGGGGCCAAGCGCGCAGAGGUGACGUGUUCUUCCAGCGCCAAGUCGUAAGUCGCCCCGGAGUGGUGGAAAAACGCCGUCUCCGGUGUCCUAGGUGGGGAGUGGACACAGAGACCCAGAGGAGGGGGAAGCUGGAUGUGGAGGUAGCUCGGGAGACACUAAAGUCCAGCCGGGAGAGUGACCAUCGAGGUAACACAUGCGACAGCCAAGGAGGGUAG